GCACCGGGGCGCUUUCGCUACAUCAGUUCACAUCCGCUCAGCUCUAUCAGUGCUGGAAAAAGGACUUUGAGAAACUGCGGCGAUGUCAGUCCAGGUUGUGGCAGCGAAAAUGGCAGAGGUCGAACUCAAAGACGUUCCCACCGGCAAAGACUUGCCGGUCGGAUCCCCGAUGACACCGACAUCCGAGGACAAGUCGCUGGCCAAAAACGACUCGUUCGCGGCGGGUUCCUCUGCCGCCGCGUCCCUCACCGUGGAGUCCUCUGCGAAAGCCGGCGACAGCAGCCCGGGCUUACUAACCCCGAACGCCGCUAAGCUUCCCCAGGCGUCGGCUAUGAAGCGUACCGACCCGCAGCAGAACGGAGGGGAGGCUUUUGUCAACCGUGACGGCACAGUUGCCGAAGCUCCACGAAUGAAAAAGAUUCAGUUUGCGGAGCAGAAACAAGAGUUCAACAAGCGUCCCUCCAAGAUCGGCCGGCGUUCUCUAUCCCGCUCCAUCUCCCAGUCCUCCACAGACAGCUACAGCUCAGCUGCGUCGUACACGGACAGCUCCGACGAUGAGACCUCCCCUCGGGACAAGCAACAGAAGAACUCCAAAGGCAACGGAGACUUCUGCAUCAAAAACAUCAAACAGGCCGACUUCGGACGCAGAGAGAUCGAGAUUGCCGAGCAGGAAAUGCCCGCCCUGAUGGCUCUGAGGAAGCGGGCUCAGGGGGAGAAACCCCUCGCCGGUGCCAAGGUGGUGGGCUGCACACACAUCACCGCCCAGACAGCCGUGCUCAUGGAGACUCUGUCCGCUUUGGGGGCUCAGUGCCGGUGGGCGGCGUGCAACAUCUACUCCACCCAGAACGAGGUGGCAGCUGCCCUGGCCGAGGGAGGAUUCAGCGUGUUUGCGUGGAAGGGUGAGUCAGAGGACGACUUCUGGUGGUGCAUCGACCGCUGCGUCAACGUGGAGGGGUGGCAGCCUAACAUGAUCCUGGAUGAUGGUGGAGACCUGACUCACUGGAUCUAUAAAAAAUAUCCCAACAUGUUCAAGAAGAUCAAGGGCAUCGUGGAGGAGAGUGUCACUGGUGUGCAUCGGUUGUACCAACUGUCCAAAGCAGGAAAGCUGUGUGUUCCAGCCAUGAAUGUCAACGACUCUGUGACCAAACAGAAGUUUGACAACCUCUACUGCUGCAGAGAAUCCAUCCUGGACGGGUUGAAGAGGACCACUGACGUGAUGUUCGGAGGCAAACAGGUGGUGGUGUGUGGAUACGGAGAGGUGGGGAAAGGCUGCUGCGCGGCCCUCAAAGCUAUGGGCUCCAUCGUCUACGUCACGGAGAUCGACCCCAUCUGCGCUCUGCAGGCCUGCAUGGACGGGUUUCGGCUGGUGAAGCUCAACGAAGUCAUCCGACAAGUGGACAUCGUCAUCACCUGCACAGGGAAUAAGAACGUGGUGAUGAGGGAGCACCUGGACCGCAUGAAGAACGGCUGCAUCGUCUGCAACAUGGGACACUCCAACACGGAGAUCGACGUGGCGAGCCUGCGGACUCCGGAGCUGACCUGGGAGAGGGUCCGCUCUCAGGUGGACCACGUCAUCUGGCCUGAUGGUAAAAGGAUAGUCCUGCUGGCAGAGGGUCGUCUGCUGAAUCUCAGCUGUUCCACCGUCCCCACAUUCGUUCUUUCCAUCACUGCCACAACCCAGGCUCUGGCUUUGAUAGAGCUCUACAACGCUCCGGAGGGACGCUACAAACAGGAUGUUUAUCUGUUGCCUAAGAAGAUGGACGAAUACGUGGCCAGCUUACAUCUCCCAACAUUCGACGCACAUCUCACAGAGCUGAGUGACGAGCAGGCCAAGUACCUGGGCUUGAACAAGAACGGCCCCUUUAAGCCAAACUAUUAUAGGUAUUAAAGCAGUUGUUUUGAGGGGGGAGGGGUUACCUGUUAAUACUCCAUGAAUCACAGAGGAAGAGGAGGACGCACAGGAAAGUCAACACAUCUGCUUUUCCAUCUGCAGGAUUUGGGCACCAAUUUCCCCACAUCGCGGCAGUUUUAUUUAUUCACGCGGCCACAUUAGUGCUGAUUGAAACAAAUUUAGCGUCCGUUCGCCGCUAGCUUAACUCCCGGAGGACACGUCCACUUCCUGCCGUCGUCUUCACGCUCUUAAAGAUGCUCGUUUGUGUGUGACGUUGUUCGUGACUCCUCCAUCCUCACCGUUGCCAGAUCUUUUAUUCUUUAUUUGUUAAAGAUGGAAUGACGUAUGAUAAACGAUUAAAAAAAAAAAGUUGAUUAAAAAAAAAAAAAAAUGAAGAAAAAAAAGAAACCUGAUGAUUUAGUGUCUGACAUUUUUUCCUUUUGUUUCCUGUAGUCAUCGUCCUUUUCUUUUCUACUUUAUUUUGUGUAAAUUAAUUUGCGAGGAGGGGGCGAGGCCCAAUCAUAUCUUGUAUUUUAUUUGACGAAUAUUCGGAUUUGUUUGUUUUUAAGCCUCUUUUUUAUAAUGUUUCAAACUACUUUUAUUUUUCCUUUUUUUUUAACCGUCUCUGGAAGGCAAACCAACUGUUCUACCUUUUCACAAUAAAACCGUCUCGUUAGCUGCUUUUAUUUUCUCAACUUCUGGCUGCUUAAACUCGCCAGUGUAGAAAUAAUGAAAAGUAUUUAACCUUCAAUAUUUUCCUUUGGAUGACUACACUGUAUUAAAGCAUGGCAGACUGUCCACACAAAGCUAUACUGUAUAUUUAGAUAUUUAUAGAGUUGUAGGAUUCUUUUAUUUUAUUUUAUUUUUUGUCUUUGCUGCUCCAUCUACCAUCAUCAUUUUUUUUGACAGAAUCAAGAGGAAAAUGACAGAUUACAUGUGUAAUAAAUGCAUUAAAAACCCCAACUGUGAAUACGGUAACAUAUGAUGAAGUUGUUGCCGGGCAGAUUUCCUCUCUCAGCAUCUCUGUGAAAUGUGUGGUGCUGUCUUGCCGUACACAAACAGCACAAGUCAAUGGUACUUUUUUCUCUCACAUAAAUCAUUUUUUUUCCUUUACCAGAAGCACAUCUUUAUUGAAUUAACAAGUGAUCUGUCACAGUUGCCCUCGGCAGUCCUUCCUACACUGAUCUUUCAAAAUACACUUGUUUAUUUCUCAAAAACUUUUUUUUACCUUUUAAAGAAAAAGCCUAUAUGUCUCAAAUUUCAGAUUUUUUUUUUUUCUGGCAAAGAAAUUUAUAAAGCAAGCUGUCGCAGUGUUAAAUAAGUUUGCAAAAAAAGAUAAAAGAUGAACACACGAUUUGCUAACAGUUGUUAUUUAGCUAAAUGGCUUCAAUAUUUAAAUUUAAGCAACAACCUUUAUAACCAAAUCUAUUUUUUUUUUCAAACUCCCUGAAUUAACUCAAAUAUGCAUCAAACUACUUUAACUCCAACGCUACUUUUAUUUAGAGUCUACUUUAAAGUAAAAUCCUUUGUGAAUAUUUAAAAUAAAUUGGUGUCAAAAGGUUAAAAAUGUAUGGAGGGUCAUAAAUGUCUUAAUAAGCAGAAAAUUGAUGAUUUGAAAGGAGAAAAAAUACACUAAAGAAUCUUGAAUUUACUAUUCAUUCAGAAUCGGUACAGGUAGAAGAGACUUUUAAUCAAAUUUUAAAAAACAAAAAAAGCCCAAUUUCACUUUUAAAAAAUGUAAAUUUAUUAAAAGAAUUCACAUAUUCAGUUGGGAAAAACAAAUUGAAGUCACCGUUCUUACUUCUAAUUCACAAAAAUUAGAACUAUUAUAUUAAAUAUAGAACUUAACUAAAUUAAUUUUGUUUAAAAUGAUAAUUUUUUCUGCAAAUUACUCAUUUUAAAGUUAAAGUAAAAUGUAAUUCUUUUAGUGUUGACAACAAAUAAGCAGCUAUUUAAGGUACGUUCACGCCGCUCUCGGCAGCAUGCGUUCAGACGACCGCUCCCUAUGAAAAGUCUACGUAGAUGCGCGCAAACACUCGAAAUCGAUGUAUCACGAUAUUUCAUAUGGCGAUAGUUGUAUCAAUUUAAAAUGCUGACAAGACGAUAUUUAAUUAUUUAUGAGCUUCCUUCAGCGUCUGACUCUUGUUUUCCUCCAGCCACUAGUUGGCAGCGCAGCCAACUGAGCCACUUUGAGCAGCUCUACACCGCAGCAGAACAAAAAGAUCUCGCGAGAACCAGCUUGUGUUAAAAGUUCAGUCAGCCUCGCAGUUUUUAGUAUGAGACAUGUACCACUUAGGUUUUACUUCUUUUGUUGAUACUUAAUCUUUAAAAAAAAUUGAAAAACUGUUCUGGUACAGUCCUGGGAUAUAUUGCGAUGCAUAUCGUGAUACGUAUCAGGUUAUACAUCAUAUUGGGACACGCAUAUCAGGAUACAUAUCGUAUCGUCAAGCUCUAGUCAAUUCUCACUCCCUAGUAAACACGUGUUUCAGACUUUGUGCGUUUUUGUUAGACUCUUGAGUUUUUACAACCGACCUCAAGCAUACAACAUGCGUAGAGCACUGAUCGAGCGUUGCAAGUUAAACCAGUUGACCAAUCAGGGACUCUGAUUCAAAAGUGACGUAUAGAUGGCGUCUCUUUUAAUUCACAGAAGUACCAUCCAAGAAACGAAUAAGUGUUUUUUGUUUCCGGUCGGAAUUCUGUCACCAAAUCUUAGAGCUGUGAAAGAAAAAGUUCAGAGAAAGAUCUAAAGAUUUGCCCCGCUUUGACGUUUCGCACCAAAGUUCUUUCAACUGUAGGUGGCAGAUAUGUGUUAGUAAACAGUAAAAAAAAAGAAGAAGAAGAAGCCCCUCCCUGCUUGUCCAGUGUGAACACUGUAGGAUGAACGCCCGAUGUGUACCUCGCUUAAUGAACGAGUCGUACUACUGUGUGUGGGAGGGGCUGGGUCACAGGCUGCAGAAAGUCACUACUAUACUGAUGUCUUAAUACUCACCAAGGAAUUAAAAAAAAUACUUCAGCCCAUGCUGAUGUUUAUUGAAAGAUUGUGGUAAUUUGUCACAAUUGCCCUUUUAGAAAAGGUAUUUUUUAAAUAAACUUAAAUGUAUUUGAGAAGAUUUCUCAUUAAGUAGACUUAAAUCUUUUUUUUUUGAUGAACUACACACUUUGAUAAAAAAUACUGUUGGUGUCUCAAUUGAUUUCUAAUUUUGUUUUGAGAAUUCUUCAGUUCAAAUUUAUUCUCUAUUAAAUUACGUUCUUUCUAAUUCAGACACUCCUGACCCUCCGUACUGACUAAAUUUGGUGCUUUAAAGUAAAAACCUUAAAAGUUUUCUUUACUGUGCAUUUGACCUCUACUGCAAACCAAAAAUCAAACCCCUCAUUUUUUGCUGCAUUUCCUGCUUGUUCUCCUUGUGCUUAGAAUAUCUACAGCAGUUUCUGUGACCCGUUCUCUUACAUUUUUUUCUCUUUUCUGUGUGUUGAAUGUGCAAUCUAAAAAAGAGACAAAGGAAGUAUUUUGGUGGAAGAAGGCGGCGCUGCUGACUCCUCUUUGUCGGUCUGUGUGUGUCUUUUGUCGACAUUUCCACGUUGCUUUGUGAAGAGCUGCCUCAGGAUCUGAGCCGGGCAAAAGCGUUUUCAGUCUGAUCGACGUAUUGGUUUAGGCGGGGAAGACACCAGCAUCCAAACUGUACAUACAAUGCUACAAACGGAUAUGAUGACCUUUAAAUGUAUAGGAAGCUCAACCAAGAAUCAACCACUGUAUUUAUUGAUGUAAAUCUUCAUUUAAAAAGAUGACAAAACUCACACAAAUGUUUGAAGAUCUCUAAUAACAAAGAGAAAACCCUGUUGAAAUAUUGCAACUGAUAAUGAUAGAUGAUGAGCAAUAAUAAAAAAUGUAAUCUAAAUUAAUAAAAUUGUUGAAAAUGUU